UCAAUCAAAAGCUGGUGAUGAGUGGCCAAUCAGUGAUCCAAGCAUCGGGUGAGCUGCGUCAGUUGUACCAGCUUCAUUACAGAGUCAACCUCCGCUCCCUCUACGGGUACAGAAAUGAACCAGUCAUGUGUGUGGAGAGAGAGAGAGACACCCACACAGAUCAUGUGUUGGUCCAGACAACUAUCUACCAGUCGGCAGAGCGACAGAUUGUGCGUGCUACCCUCGACGCUCCGAUCCACAUGCAAUUCGGCAAGAGAAGUCUGGAAGUUUGAACGACUCUCGCGAGGAAUCGAUCAUCCAUGGCGAGAUGCCGCCACCGUACGGACGGACAGAACCAUUGCAGUACAGCAUGAGCCGAGCCGCUGUAACAAAAAUCCAAAGAGUUGUAUGAUCAUCACUCUUCUCAAUAAGACUAAAAUCAUUUCUCUGU